UUUCUAAAUAGAUUUAGUAUGAUAGAUCCACUUCCAAGAUUGGAUUCUAAGUCAAGUAAAAACGACUAUUCUUUUGAUUUCUCUAAAUUUCAAUACAAAGAUCCUCUUAUAAGCCCAGAUAUUCAAAACAACAAAUAAAACGUAUAAAUAAGUUAAGUGAUCAGAUAAAAUUAAAAUUUAAAGAAAUUUAAUAAUGAAUAUUCGUUUUCUCACUCACGCAAAACCGAAAUAGCUACAAGAUUAUCAAUCGAUAAUACUUCUAUGUAUGAAAAGAUAAAUAGGAUGCACACUGAGUCUCCAGAAGCUAUAAAGCAGCAGAAAGAAAUAGCACUUUCAGCUAUAUGUUAAAAUGAGAAAGCAACAAUAGUUAAAAGUAGAAGAAUCAACACCAUUCAUUAAAUUCCAAAAGGAAGAAAUGACAGUAUUGGGUCUAUUAAAAACCAGUUCUUAUCGCCUAUAAAUAUUGAAAAGCUACAAAAUGUCAGGCUAUGGAAGUAGCUCUCAAACUUAAAGCAAGAAUGGAAAAAUAGUAAAGAGCUCUCAAUGAGAAAGGCUAUCCAAAGCACGAAGAUUCUCAAAUUAAUGACAAACCUUGCUGAAUAAUACUCACCCACUUGUAUUGAAUUGCUUCAUGAUGAGGAUGAGUGGAAAAUAUUAGUCAAUACUAUUGAUUUAUAUCUUUUCUGUAAUGACAAUGAAUUGCUUGAUAAAAUUGAAAAAUACACAUUAAAAUAAUAAUAAAUUUAUCCUUCCUCUUCUUCUGAGCCUUUUGGGAUUAAUUUAAAUUAGUAAUUCUUCACAUAUAGAGAAAUUGUAAUUAUUUUGAUAGAUUACAUUACAAAAAAUGAGAAUAUUAGAUAACAAUACUUUUAAGUUAUAGAGUAGCAAAAAUAAAAAAUUGAACAAGAAAAUAAAAAGCUAUUUUAAUAAAUUUAAGAAUAAAAUAUCAAAUUUGAAGUGUUUUAGCAAGAAAAAAAUAAUGAAUUAUCUAAAAAAACCUAAGAGCUAAGAGAAAAGAUUAAGUAACUUGAAUUCUAAAACUAUAACUUAUAAGAUUAAAGCGAGAAAUUAAGGAAAUAGAUGCUUGAAUUCCAUAUUAAAUAUGAUACUUUAAUUGAAGAAAAGCUAUAUAAAGGAUAGGAAUAAAAGGAUUCGAUUGCUUAUCAGUCAAUUGAAAAUAAAUACUAAGGCUAAUUAAAAAAUUAUGAUGAACUCAAAGAAAAUUAUAAUAAAAUUUAUGACUAAUAUAAGGAAUGUGUCAUUGAAAUUAAAUAGCUUCAAGAAAAAAUCAGCUUGUCAGAAAAUAAAAUUUAAAUAAUUUAGCUUCAAAAAACUGAACUAGAGAAAAAAGUUUAAGCUCUUGAAAAUUAGUUGACUUCAAUUAAAGAAACAACAACUCCAAGGCCUGACCUACAAGAACUUUUAGAUGUAGCAGCAGUAUAUGACUUAGAAAAUAUAGGAAGUAGCACCAAAGAUAAGAUAGAGCAAGUAAUUAAAAAUUUCAAAAUAUUCAGAGAAGUGAAUAGCAAGUCUAAGUUAACAACUUUGAGUUAAGAAUAAAAUGUCAAAGUAUCAAAAAAUAGCUCCUCUCGUCAAAGCCCGAUGACCAAGAAUAUCAGAUAGCAAAAAAAAACAAACAAAUAUCAUGCUCAUAAAAUAAUGAAUAAUUCUUCUAAAGCUACUGAUAAUUAAGCAUAAAAAAGUAAUAAUCAGUUGUCAUUAACUUAUGUUUCAAAUGAAUCUCAUGAGUAUAGCUUAUCAAACUAAGAAGAUGAAAAGCCUAUAAAAUGGGAGUUAGAAAAUGAGACUUUCAGUUUGUUGCCUGAGUCAUAGAACAAAGGUAGGCAGUAAAUAUAGUUUUACUACCAAAACGAUUAAGAUGCUCUAAAUAAAACUGCUAAAAACACAUAAUAUUCAGCUUCAAACAAUUAAAUAGAAACUUAAUAAAAUUUAGAAUAAUACAAUUUUGUAGAACCGAUGCGUACCACAAAAUCUCCUAAUACAAAUACUAACAUACAAGCAAAGCAAUAAAAUAAAUAAUCUUGUGAAGGAAUGCAUUAAAAUACUAAAGAGCAAUUCCUUAAAUAUAUAAAAAUCACUCAAUUUAAAUAUAAAAACUGA